AUGAACGCUUCGAGUGCUUUUCGUUCGCAUUUGAUGCAGCAGUUUGCGUCAGCAGCUCGUAUGCAGUCACGUCCUCCGCUAGCUUUGAUCGGUUGGAACGCAGAAGACGAAAAACCUCUUUCAACAUCGCAGCCUCUCUCUCUGUCACACCAGUCCACACCUUCUCGCCCCCUUAGUUCGAUCCAUACCUCUUUGUGUUCCCGGACGUCCCCGUUAAUCCCACCACGGGACCACGAAAGAGUAGGCUCAACAAACCAAAGUGAGGUGCCGCACCGUUUCUCUUCUUCCUAUGUAAUAAGUGAAGAAGCACAAAUAGCCAAGCACGAUGAAGAAUCAUCGGGGGAGGGCUUGGUCGAGAUCUCUGUGCUCUUUCAAAAUAUGCUGAAAACGCGCCGAUCCAACAGUUCCUUUUUACUAGCACCCCCAGAAGACCUUACUUACUGGAGAGACGCCUUGGGUAGGGCCGCUUCUUGUGGGUACAACGCGCCGAACCACAAACGAACGGAACCGUUCACCUUUAAACGCAUGAUAUCACCCUCCGCAAGUACCGAUCGUCUUGCUGAUAUAGCUUACAAUGUGAGCAUUCGUGAUCAAAAAGCUAAGAAACCGGAAGCGCGUCCCUCGGCGGAAGCGAUCAGAGAAAAAGCCGAAAAGAAGCGAAACAAAUGGCGUCAUAUUCCUGCUUAUUUGGUCGCCCUCGUUACCUCGCGGGACGCAGUGCUGGAUUCGGGAGACAACCAUUCCGUUUCUGAGUAUGAAGACUUACCGUACGUCCCUCUGGCAAACGAACUGGAAAUGGAGAACUACGCCGCCGCGUGCGCUGCGGUACAGAAUGUUUUGUUGAGCUUGCAUUCGGAACAAAUCGCUAGCAAGUGGGCAACAGGCCCAGUGAUUCGGACAAGAGCGUUUCGAGAACUAGUCGGUGCGGAGCCCACCGAUCGAGUUGUCGGCCUCAUUAUGGUUGGUCAGCCAGUCGAUUCGAAACGUGUGCGUGGCUUUCGAAGGAGGCGUGCGUUGGACGGCGAUGUCUUAAUCGAUAUUUAG